CGGGGGGGUUAUCGUUUCUGAUGUGCCGUCUCGUAUCCUAGGGUUUCUCUGUCUUGCUUCUUCUUCUUUAUAGCUGCCAUAAUAUCAUUUCGGGCAGGCUAACUGAAAUCGGGUUCUCCGAGAUUAAAUCUCGUUUAGACGGGAUCACAAAGCCAAGACUCUCUCCACGAUAGACUCCACAGCAGCGACUUAGAAGAUACCCGUGACGCCACUCGCUUUACUGGGCGAGAUCAGCGACCGUUCACCUCGGCCAUCACGCCGAGGUCUGUGUAGAUAUGGCAGACCACGGUGAAGAGAAAGAGACACAGGCGUCUAAAGCUGUUGCAGACAGCAACGCUAUCAGCAUUCAAUCCACUUCGGAGAGUGGCUCUGAGAGCGGAAAUGCGGCUCACUUGAAUGAGAAGCACGGCGAUGAUAUCGAAAGAAUCGAAUCCAGAUCCGACCAAGAAGAUGACACACCCAAAGAACCGCUCGCGGCUACCAGAAGCUAUGCUACAGAUGCCAGUGUGGCCACGACAUCCGCCGCAGUACGAUAUGCGGAAAGGCCCUGGUACAAGAAGCUGAACCCCAUGCGCUGGGGCGCCAUACCCGAAAUUCCCAAGGAGCGUAUAGUCUCUAGAGAAUAUCAAGCCGGUUUCUUCAGCAGACUCACUUUUCAAUGGAUGAACCCUCUCAUGACUGCUGGGUACAAACGCCCACUAGAUAAGCAAGAUAUCUGGAUCGUCAACCCGGACAGAGCAGCAGAGCCAAUGACAAUCAGAGUGAAGGAGGCGUUUAAGAAACGAGUCGAAAAAGGUUCAAAAAGACCUUUGCUUUAUGCCUUACACGAUAGCUUUACGAUGGAAUUCUGGAUCGGCGGACUUUGUUCGCUCAUCGCAGCCUUUAUGCAAGUUUUAUCGCCUUUUGUCCUUCGUUACUUAAUUCAGUUUGCAACCGACGCCUAUGUUGCCCACGUUAGCCACACUCCUGCUCCUCACAUCGGUCGCGGUGUCGGUUUGGCCAUUGGUGUUACCCUCAUGCAGGUCGUCCAGAGUGUGUGUAUAAGCCACUUUAUCUACCGAGGUAUGAUGAUGGGUGGUCAAACCCGUGCGGUCUUGAUUGGCAUGAUUUACGAGAAAUCCAUGAUCAUUUCGGGUCGUGCUAAGGCUGGUGGUGCCAAGGCAGCCAUAAUGCCGGGGACGAGCGAACAAGAGGAACAAGAUAAAGGCAAGAAAGGCAAAGACGAUGGCAAAAAGAAGAAGGGGAAGAAAGGCGCUCCAGAGGAGGUCUUGGGCUGGGGCAACGGCCGCAUUACCAACUUGAUGAGCGUUGAUACCUACCGUGUUGAUCAAGCCUCAGCCCUCUUACAUAUGACUUGGACCUCUCCUCUUUCUUGCAUCAUCACACUGGUCCUGUUGUUGGUCAAUCUGACUUACAGUGCGCUGGCUGGCUUUGGCCUCUUGAUGAUUGGUGUCCCUCUCAUCACAAGGGCCAUGCAGUCGCUGUUUCGCCGGAGAAAGAACAUCAAUAAGAUUACCGACCAACGUGUGUCACUUACCCAGGAAAUUCUCCAAUCUGUCCGAUUUGUCAAGUACUUUGGCUGGGAGAAGUCUUUCAUCGAUCGUCUUGCUCAGAUUCGUUCCAAGGAGAUCCACUCUAUCCAAGUCUUGCUCGCCAUCCGUAAUGCGAUCAAUGCUGUCAGCAUGUCCAUGCCCAUCUUUGCCUCUAUGCUGUCCUUCAUCACUUACUCCCUAACCAACCACGGCCUAGCACCCGCGGAGAUUUUCUCUUCUCUAGCCCUUUUCAACGGUCUCCGAAUUCCUCUCAACUUGCUGCCUCUUGUCCUUGGCCAAGUGAUUGAUGCCUGGUCUUCCCUUCAGCGAAUUGAACAAUUCCUCCUCGAAGAAGAACAGGAGGAAGAUGUCAUCCUCAAGCCUGAAGGAGAGCACGCGAUUGAGCUCGUCAACACCUCCUUUACCUGGGAAAAGACACCCGCUAAGGAGGCCGACAAAGGCUCUGCUAGCAAAGACAAGAAGUCCAAGAAAGUGGAAGCUCUCAAGCCUGCUGCACAACCUGUAACUACUGAGGACUCCGCUAGCACCCUAGUGGAAGAACGUGAACCUUUUAAGCUACAGGAUCUCAACCUACAGGCUGGUCGAAACGAAUUGAUUGCUGUUAUUGGUACUGUUGGUAGUGGCAAGAGUUCUCUGCUCGCCGCCUUGGCAGGUGACAUGCGCAAGACGGGAGGUGAUGUAGUUUUCGGCGCAUCCAGAGCCUUCUGCCCUCAGUAUGCAUGGAUUCAGAACACUACUUUGCAGAACAACAUUAUCUUUGGCAAGGAAAUGAACCGGGAAUGGUACAAGGAAGUUAUCCAAGCAUGUGCUCUUCAAGCUGAUCUUGACAUGCUUCCUAAUGGUGAUCUUACUGAAAUUGGUGAACGUGGUAUCACAAUCUCUGGUGGUCAGAAGCAGCGUCUCAACAUUGCGCGAGCCAUCUACUUUGAUGCCGACAUCGUUCUCAUGGAUGAUCCCCUUAGUGCCGUUGAUGCUCACGUCGGUCGCCACAUCUUUGAUAAUGCUAUUCUGGGUCUCCUCAAGGAUAAGUGCCGUAUCCUCGCUACACACCAGCUCUGGGUUCUUUCUCGUUGUGAUAGGAUCGUUUGGAUGGAAGCCGGCAAGAUCCAAGCCGUCGAUACUUUUGAGAAUCUGAUGCGAGACCACAAGGGCUUCCAGGACUUGAUGGAAACAACUGCCGUUGAGAAGAAAGAAGAAGAAGAUGACGACGAAGAUGACGACAAGCUGAAACAACUCGUCCUGACUGAAACCGCCGAAGCCCGCAAAGCCAAGAAGAACAAGAAGGGCGCGGCUCUAAUGCAACAGGAAGAAAGAGCCGAAGCCAGCGUGCCUUGGUCUGUAUACGGUGCAUAUGUUCGCGCUUCUGGUACCAUAAUGAACGCUCCCAUUGUCAUUUUUGUCCUUAUACUCUCCCAAGGCGCCAACAUCAUGACCAGCUUGUGGCUCUCGUACUGGACUUCAGACAAGUUUGGAUUAUCAACAGGCCAAUACAUCGGUAUCUACGCCGGCCUUGGUGCGGUGCAAGCCAUACUCAUGUUCCUCUUCUCCGUCAUGCUGUCGAUUCUGGGUACCACUUCCAGCAAGGUCAUGCUCCGCGAGGCCAUGUUCCGAGUUCUGCGUGCUCCCAUGUCCUUCUUCGACACCACGCCACUGGGCCGCAUUACGAACCGUUUCUCUCGUGAUGUCGAUGUCAUGGACAACAAUCUUACGGAUGCCAUCAGAAUGUACUUCUUCACCCUGUGCAUGGUCACUGCUGUCUUUGGGCUCAUCAUCGCAUACUUCCACUACUUCGCCAUUGCUCUUGUUCCCCUGUACUUCUUGUUUAUUGGUGCCGCUUCAUACUACCGCGCGUCGGCCCGAGAGGUCAAGCGUUUCGAGUCGGUCCUCCGGUCUACCGUCUUUGCCAAGUUUGGCGAGGGUCUCUCGGGAGUAGCAUCGAUCCGUGCUUAUGGGCUCAAGUCUCGAUUUAUCCAGGAUCUUCGCCAGUCGAUUGACGAGAUGAAUAGUGCUUACUUCUUGACCUACUCUAAUCAGCGCUGGCUGUCCCUUCGACUAGAUAUGAUCGGCAACCUCCUUGUUUUCACUGUUGGAAUCCUUGUUGUUACUUCGCGAUUCAGCGUCAAUCCUUCCAUUGGUGGUCUAGUCCUCAGUUACAUUCUGUCCAUUGUUCAGAUGCUCCAGUUCUCCAUCCGUCAAUUGGCUGAAGUCGAGAACGGCAUGAACGCUGUUGAGCGCCUCCGCUACUAUGGUAAUGAGCUUGAAGAGGAGGCUCCCCUUCACACUAUUGAUGUUCGCAAGUCUUGGCCAGAGAAGGGAGAGAUUAUCUUUGACAACGUCGAGAUGCGUUAUCGAGACAACCUGCCUCUGGUGCUCAAGGGUUUGUCCAUCCACAUCCAGGGUGGAGAGCGCAUUGGCAUCGUCGGCCGUACUGGUGCAGGAAAGAGCUCCAUCAUGAGCACUCUAUUCCGUCUUGUCGAGAUCUCGGGAGGCACCAUCACCAUUGACGGCAUCAACACUGCUACAAUUGGUCUGUUUGACCUGCGUUCCCGUCUUGCCAUUAUCCCUCAAGAUCCUACCCUCUUCCAGGGCACUGUCCGCAGCAACCUUGACCCCUUCCAAGAGCAUACUGAUUUGGAGCUUUGGUCUGCCCUUCGACAGGCUGAUCUCGUGCCUGCGGAUGCUAAUAUGGACGACCGCAAGACUGACCCCUCACGCAUUCAUCUUGAUAGCACUGUUGAAGAAGACGGCCUCAACUUCUCUCUCGGCCAGCGCCAGCUCAUGGCUCUCGCCCGUGCUCUCGUCCGCGGUUCACAAAUCAUUGUCUGCGACGAGGCUACUUCCAGUGUGGACAUGGAGACGGAUGACAAGAUCCAACGGACCAUGGCCACCGGUUUCAAGGGCAAGACUCUGCUCUGCAUCGCUCACCGUCUCCGCACCAUCAUCGGCUACGACCGCAUCUGCGUCAUGGACGCUGGUCGCAUCGCCGAGCUGGCCACGCCUCUGGAGCUAUGGAAGAUGGAGGGCGGCAUCUUCAGGAGCAUGUGCGACAGGAGCGGCAUUCGCGUAGAAGAUAUUGAACACGCGAAGCUCGAAUUGGACCUGCUGGACGCUGCCGCUGCCGCUGCCAGCUCCUAAGGGAAUGGCGAUAUACCCCUUUCCAUCUUUUCUCUCUCUUCAUAUAUAUUUCUCUCUCACCUUGGUUCUUUUGAGACACGAUGAUGUUCUUCUCUGCCUGAAGAGCUAGGAAAUGAGAGUGCUUCCUUAUUCAUUGGGCACAUUAAAAAAAGUUUGAUCAACUUGGUAUAGGUUUUCACGGGUUUAAUGUUACUUUUUCUUACCUAAUAGACAGGGUGAGGUAUGGUUUAGAAGGCGGGCCUGCAAGCAUAUGGGCAGCGAGAAGUACGAAGGGGCGUACAAUUUAUAUAUAUAUAGAUUUUAAUCAACCAUACGCGCCUUGCGGUUACACGUCU